AUGAAGGAGUGUUUGAUACUCUGGAGCACGUCUGCUUUCGUUCUGCAGAUGAAGCACAGCUUCUGCUCCACAGUACAGUUUCUUGCGUCACCUCACUCCCUAACCAGCGUCACCUCACUCCCCAACCACCAUCAACUCAUUCCCCAGCCAGUGCCACCUCAAUCCCCAACCAGUGCCACCUCACUCCCCAACCACUGUCACCUCACUCCCCAGCCAGCGCCACCUCACUCCCAAACCAGCGCCACUUCACUCCCCAACCAGCGUCAAUCCCCAACUACCAUCAACUCAUUUCCCAGUCAGCGCCACCUCACUCCCCAACCAGCACCACCUCACUCCCAAACUAGUGCCACCUCACUCCCCAACCAGUGUCACCUCACUCCCCAACCACCAUCAACUCACUCCCCAGCCAGCGCCACCCCACUCCUAAACCAGCAUCACCUCACUCCCCAACCAGUGCCACUCACUCCAAAACCAGCACCACCUCACUCCCCAACUAGUGCCACCUCACUCCCCAACCGGUGUCACCUCUCUCCCCAACCAGAGCCUCCUCACUCCCCAACCAGCCCCACCUCACUCCCCAAACCCCAUCACCACACUCCCCAACCAGCACCUCCUCACUCCCCAAACCCCAUCACCUCAUUCACCAACCAGCGCCUCCUCACUCCUCAAACCACAUCACAUCACUCCCCAACCAGCGCCUCCUCACCCCUCAAACCCCAUCAAUCCACUCCCCAACCAGCAUCUACUCACUCCUCAAACCCCAUCACCUCACUCCCCAACCAGCGCCUCCUCACUCCCCAAACCCCAUCACCUCACUCCCCAACCAGCGCCUCCUCACUCCUCAAACCCCAUCACCUCACUCCCCAACCAGCGCCUCCUCACUCCCCAAACCCAUCACCUCAUUCACCAACCAGCGCCUCCUCACUCCUCAAACCCCAUCACCUCACUUCCCAACCAGCACCUCCUCACUCCUCAAACCCCAUCACCUCACUCCCCAACCAGCGCCUCCUCACUCCUCAAACCCCAUCACCUCACUCCCCAACCAGCGCCUCCUCACUCCUCAAACCCCAUCACCUCACUCCCCAACCAGCGCCUCCUCACUCCUCAAACCCCAUCACCUCACUCCCCAACCAGCACCUCCUCACUCCUCAAACCCCAUCACCUCACUCUCCAACCAGCGCCUCCUCACUCCCCAAUCACCUCAGUGCCUCCUCACUCCCCAAACCCCAUCACCUCACUCCCCAACCAGCACCUCCUCACUCCCCAAACCCCAUCACCUCACUCACCAACCAGCACCUCCUCACUCCCCAACCACCAUCACCUCACUCACCAACCAGUGCCUCCUCACUCCCCAAACAGUGCCUCCUCACUCCCCAAACCCCAUCACCUCACUCCCCAACCAGCGCCUCCUCACUCCCUAAACCCCAUCACCUCACUCACCAACCAGCACCUCCUCACUCCCCAACCACCAUCACCUCACUUACCAACAAGCACCUCCUCACUCCCCAAACCCCAUCACCUCACUCCCCAACCAGCGCCUCCUCACUCCCCAAACCCCAUCACCUCACUCCCCAACCAGCGCCUCCUCACUCCUCAAACCCCAUCACCUCACUCCCCAACCAGCGCCUCCUCACUCCCCAAACCCCAUCACCUCACUCCCCAACCAGCGCCUCCUCACUCCCCAAACCCCAUCACCUCACUCACCAACCAGCGCCUCCUCACUCCCCAACCACCAUCACCUCACUCCCCAACCAGCGCCUCCUCACUCCCCAAACCCCAUCACCUCACUCCCCAACCAGCGCCUCCUCACUCCCCAAACCCCAUCACCUCACUCCCCAACCAGCGCCACCUCACUCACCAACUAGUGCCUCCUCACUCCCCAACCAGCGCCUCCUGACUCCCCAAACCCCAUCACCUCACUCCCCAACCAACGCCACCUCACUCACCAACUAG